AUGGCGGCGUCGACGACGCGAAUACGGACGUUUUUACGCCUGCGACCGCGUCGCGCGUCGCGGUCGGCGCGCGCGGAGGCGUCGAUACGCGCGCUCGAGCGCGACGAAGAGGAAGACGAAUCGACUCGCGCGCGGGUGGUUGAGUGCGCGCGCGCGGCGUCUGAACGACGCGCGGGAGCGAAGGAUGCGAGACACGUGUUUGCGUUCGAUGAUGUGUUCGAUGAAGACGCGAGUCAGGCGAUGGUGUUCGAUGCCGUCGGUCGCGACGUCGUGGAGGCGGCGCUGGGCGGGUACAACGCCACGCUGUUCGCGUACGGGCAGACGGGGAGCGGGAAGACGUACACGCUGACGGGAGGACCGGCGCGGUACGAGGAUCGAGGCAUCGUCCCCAGGGCGCUGUCGUUGAUUUUCGAACGCAUCGCAAAGAUCGGAGCGGACGAGGAUGCGAAGUUCACUGUGGAGGUGAGUUACGCGGAGAUUUACAUGGAACAAGGGUACGAUUUACUCGCGACGACGUUGGACGAGCGACAGAGCGCGGCGCGAGGAUACGCGCGAGCGUCAGAAAUCCCAUUACCAAAGGUUCGAUUGAUGGAGGACGAACACGGGUGCAUGCACACGAUGGAUCUGACGACGCGCGUCGUGUCGAGCGAAGCCGAGGCGCUCGAUUUGCUCUUCGUUGGCGAUAGUAACCGAGCGGUGGCGGAGACGCCGCUGAAUAUGGCGUCCAGUCGAUCGCAUUGCAUAUUUACCAUCACCAUCACGCGGCGAUCGCGCGGGGCGGACACGUUGCGUCGGGCGAAAUUGAAUCUAGUGGAUUUGGCAGGGAGCGAACGGGUGAACAAAAGCCGCGUCGACGGCGCGACGCUGCAAGAGGCCAAGUACAUCAAUGUCUCGUUGCACUUCCUGGAGCAAGUCAUCGUGGCAUUACAGGAGCGCGCCGAUGGUAACGAAAACAUUCACGUGCCGUACAGAAAUAGUUUGAUGACGACGAUGCUACGAGACAGUCUCGGUGGGAAUUGUCAAACCGUUAUGAUUGCCACAGCGAGCGCGGACGACGGCGCGUUCGAUGAGAGCGUUAGCACGUGUCGAUUCGCCCAGCGCGUGCGUAAGAUAUCGAACGAAGUCUUCAUGAAUGAAGAACUCGACGUGGACAUGCUCAUCGCGCGUUUGAAGGAAGAAAAUAAACGCCUACGCGUGGAACUCGCAUUGCUUCGGCGAGUGGAAUCGAGCGAAAACGACGCGCUUGAGCUCGAG